UAUUUAUUACAGUUUGUUAAUAUCAGAGACAUAUAUGAUAAUAUUUAAGAAAAUAAGUUAAACCUAACUAAAUAACAAAACUGAAAAAUCUACAUGUUUCUGGCAUGGAAGUUGAACGCAAUGACUUUGGUAUUUUUGUCCAUCGAAGAGUUUCAUUCACAGAAAUCCCAUCAUGCGAAAUAAUUAUAUUUUCAAAAUAUUCAAUACAUACAAAAUGUAGAUUUUGCAGUUUACAUAUUAUGACAUCUUUAAAAUAUGAAGCAGGAAAAUUCGCUUGGUUGAUUUGUCUUGCUUUCUUUUUAUCGGGUUGCUGGCUGGGUUGUUGUAUUGCGCCAUGUUUUAUCAAAAGUUGUAAAGAUGUUAUUCACAUAUGUCCAGACUGUAGUCAAGUAAUUGGAAGAUAUCAGAAGCUGUAACCUGCCAUGGUAUUAUCCAAUCGAGGGGGAAUAGAUCAUACAGAAGUGUAUAUAAAUGUAGACUAUAGAGUUGAAAUAAUUGUUUUCAUUAUAAAA